AUGGCAUCGCAGCCACCGAACAAAGCAAAGGGUUCACGAUGGGGCUCACUACUCUCGGGAGCCGUAGCUGGACUGGAGUCGCGACUGGACACAAUCCUAGCUGAGGACAACGAAGCGUCUGCCCGCAGCAGAGCUCAGGACAAAGCAAUUUCUCAAGAGAAGCCGUCGGCCGAAAAGCCUGCUGCUCUUGCCGUUCCCAGAACCUCCUCGGACGCUUCUCGUAGCCCGUCACGCUCUCGUUUGAACGAUCGACUGCAAGAAAGACUCGCCAAGGCAGUCGCUAACCAGAAUGCCUCUCGCUCUCCGACUCCCUUGAAUCAACCUUCUAGUCCGAGAUCAAGCCUUGGCUCGAGGCAGUCGACAGAUGUACCACGAGCUCUUUCGGAAACGAAACAUGACCCUGCGUCAACCCCAAGUGCUGAUGUUCCUGUCCUUGACGUUCCCACCCCAGUUGAGGACAGCUCCAUUGAGGCUGUCGCUGAGCCACCAGUCCUUGAUACUCCACCUCAUGUCAUAGUCACCGAGGCCUCCUCGACCCUCCUGACCUCUGGGCUCCCGAUCAAUCCUGCUCGCAUCUCCAAUGACAGCCAGACCAGGCCUUCGGUUGACCUCGAUCGCGAGUCUAUUGCCGAGGAGACUGUAUCCGAACCUACAGAAUCUACACAAGAACGAGAAUCAGAACCAGAACCAGAACCAGAACUAGAACCAGAACCCGAAGAGAUAGUCUCCAAGGGCACUUCUGAGCUGCAAGCUGAGCUUGCCCGGUUGCGCCAUGAAAAUGCCGAGGCUGAAAAACAACGGCAUGAAGAAAUGCUGGCCAACCUCGAACGCAUCGAUGCACUUCAAGCCAAACUCCAAUACCUCGCAAAAGAAACGGUUGCUGCUGCGAAAGAGGCCAACUCGACUUCUCAGGCAACCCCUCACGAACGCAAACUUGCAGAAAAGGAUGAGCGUAUCGCUCUUCUGAUGCAAGAAGGUGAGAAACUGAGCAAGGUAGAGAUGCGCCAAGGUGCUGCCAUCAAGAAGAUGCGCGCAAAGGCUCAACACGACGAAAAGGCUAUGGCUGAGCUUCGAAAUCGUGUGACCAAACUCGAGGAGUCCGAGACAGAGCUCAGGCAAAGACUCAAACGAGCAGAACUGGCUGAAAGGCAGAGCGUCGAACGUCUGAAACGAUUCUCUGGUCUUGAGAAAGACCUUGAAAAACGCAAAUCGGAACUCGCUAGUAGUACUGCCACGAUUACCAGUCUGCGAAAUCAGCUGGUCGAAGCUGAGAAGAGAGCUGAAGAGGCCGAAUCUAAAGCGAAAGAGGUUGUCGUUCAAGCAGACUCAAAUAAGCUGUCCGCUCUCCAGGAAGAGCUCGAAGAUGCAAAGCUGGAAAGGAAGCUAGCGGACGACAAGUGGAGCGCAGAGGUCAAGCGAGUGACCGAAGAAGCUCGUCAGCAGAGACAACAGGCAAGCUUCCGCGAAUCAGAACUCACAAGUGAAAUUUCAAACUUUGAAAGCCGUCUGGAAGCACUUCGCGUUCGUGCCGAAGAGGCAUCUUCAGAUGUAGGAGGUGACUCGCAAGCCAAGCUGCUCCGUCAGAUCGAGACAUUGCAGACUCAAUACUCCCUGGCAGCUGAGAACUGGCGCACGAUUGAGACCUCGUUGAACGGGCGCAUCGCAGCAAUCGAGAAAGAACGAGAUGAAGCUACAAAGCGUGAAGCCGAUGUACGCAAGAAAGCUCGGGACAUCAGCAAUAAAGCGAAACGUGCGGAAGACCAGAUUGAGGAAUUGACAGAAGAGUCACAACUCGCGACUUCUCAACUCCAGGCCAGCAAAGCAGAGAUGAAAAAGCUGCAAGCACGGUUGGAAACCGCAGAAGCAUCACUUAACGAAGCAAAGGCAGACUUCGAUCGUCAGAAACAAUCCUUUGAGAACGAAUUGACCCAGAAGCUGGAAGAGGAAAGAACGAGGCAGCUAUCUCAGGGCUUAGGGAUUGCCAGUCCCAGCAACGGAACUAUGGCUUCACGAACACAAUCUCCAACCAGCUAUUUCAGGAAACAACCCUCACAAGACCCUUACGGCUCUGUCCAGUCACGACGAGGGUUACAAAGAAUACCAUCACAAGAGCAAACGACGACGUUAUCGAUAGAUCGAUCCGUAUCACGACGACCUUCAGCCCUGACACCAGGACUGAACACCUCACGCAUACCAAUGACGCCAGAUUACCCCUCACCAAGUGUCAGCAGACAAGGGUCCAUGUUCUCCCUCGCUCAACUCAUCAACAGCGGAAAUGGAGGUCCUCAAACCCCGUCCAUCCACACAAACGAUGUAGACGCCGACGAUGGUUAUGAGGAUCGCUCAAGCCCUCAACGCACAAUCAACGAUGUCAUCAGUGCAUCUACCGUCCACACAGGACCCAGUGUCCAACUAGUCCAACACAUGUCCUCCAAGAUCCAACGCCUCGAAGCCGAAAAAUCCGCUCACAAAGACGAACUCUCGCGCUUGAUAACACAACGCGAUGAGGCAAGAGAUGAAAUCGUGAGCAUGAUGCGCGAAGUCGAGAAUAAACGCAGUACAGACGGCAAGACUGAUCAACUUGAGAGUGAGCUUGGACAAGUCAAGCAGAGGUAUGAAGCUUGUCUUGAGAUGCUGGGGGAAAAGGAAGAGGAAGUGGAGGAGUUGAAGAGUGACCUUGUGGAGGUCAAGAAGAUGUAUCGGGAGCUUGUCGAUAGAAACAUGAAGUGA